AAAAAAAAAAGGAGUAGCGAGCGAAAAUUGGUAGACAGACGAAACGAACCAUCAACAACAAGCAACAGUAGCUGGAUUAGUACUCAGUGUUGUUUUAUAGUGUCAGUAAUUGAAGUCUAAAUCGGUACUUAGAUCGGAGAUCACGAGUCGGAAAAUUUUAUACUAACUGAUUUCAUUCAUCUAGUCAUAUUAUCCCCUUUUGCAUAUAAUCCUAAUAUCAUUAAUAUUAAAUAUUAAAUAUUAAUUAUUAACAUUUAAUUCUGUUCAAUAGUAUAUACAUAUCCUUUUAUCAUUUAUCAUAAAUCAUAAAUCAUAUUCACAAAUCAUAUUCAUAGUUUAACAAUUCAUAAUGGUUCCUCCUCCUGCUGAAAUUAGAAGAAAAUUAGUCAUUGUCGGUGAUGGUGCUUGUGGUAAAACUUGUUUAUUAAUUGUAUUUUCUAAAGGUACUUUCCCAGAAGUUUAUGUUCCAACCGUUUUUGAAAAUUACGUUGCCGAUGUUGAAGUUGAUGGUAGAAAAGUCGAAUUGGCCUUAUGGGAUACGGCUGGUCAAGAAGAUUAUGAUAGAUUAAGACCUUUAUCUUAUCCUGAUUCAAAUGUUAUUUUAAUUUGUUUUUCAGUUGAUUCUCCUGAUUCUUUAGAUAAUGUCUUAGAAAAAUGGAUUGCUGAAGUAUUACAUUUCUGUCAAGGUGUUCCAAUUAUUUUAGUUGGUUGUAAAGCUGAUUUAAGAAAUGAUCCUCAAACCAUUGCUAAAUUAAGAGAUAAUCAACAACAACCAGUUGCAACUUCUGAAGGUCAAACUGUUGCUCAAAAGAUUGGUGCUACUGAUUAUUUAGAAUGUUCAGCAAGAACUGGUCAAGGUGUUAGAGAAGUCUUUGAAGCUGCAACUAGAGCUUCUUUAAGAACUAAAGAAAAGAAAGAUGGUAAGAAGAGUAAGAAAUGUAUUGUUUUAUAAUCAAUUCUACUUUUAGUUAUUCAAUUCAUUUCCAAUUUCAAUCUCAUCAUUCAAUCUAGAUUUAGAUCACUAAACUUGGCUAUUACUAUUUGGCUAUAGUCCAACCUUUUUAUACACCUUCUUUUUAUACAUACUAUUCAUAUAUUGUUAUUAUAAUGGUAUUAAUUUUACAUAUAGUUCCUAUUUAGUUUAUCUAUUAUUAUUAUUGUAU